GUAUUAUCAGAGCCUGCUGUAAAACGAGGGGCAAGUGGUCUGCCCUCCGAGUUCAAGGUUGAACGGACUUUGGUCAGAAGUUUUGGGUAUUGAUCCGUAAUCCCGUUACGAAAGAUAAGCGGGAGGCGGCUUACGAUCUGAAAAAUCGCGGUCAACGUUGUUCGGCAGGGCCGAGCGGUCGGGUCGGAGAUUAAAUGGUUGAAAAAGGACUUUGAACUCGAGGGGUGUUCCUUCGAGUUUCGAGAGGACGAACGGCGGGGGGGUGUUCGCGGAAGAGCAAGUAAAGAGUGGGAUGAGCUCGGAUAAGGGUUGGGAGGUUCGAGUUGAACGAGGGGAAGUCGUGGCGCGCUCUGCCAAUGGUUUUUGAAAGCCGUAGGCCCCGUGAAACCGUCAUGGAUGAAAUAUCAUAACCAAAAUCGGGGUACGACGUCAGUACGGAGUCGGAGGUUGUAGGGUGAAAUACGCGCAACCAUCGCGAUGGAAAUAGUAUUUUUAACGUAACGAAGCCUGUUUGUGUUGUUCGCGAGCGCAACGAGGGCCGAACAAUGACGAGUUGCACUCAGGAAACGUCCGUAACGAGCUCCGAAGAUCGUUGGACCGCAGUCGAAGCUCCGAAAAAGCUGGUCAAAAUAAAUGGAGAAAUAAAGGCUGAAAAUGAUGGAACAAAAUUAACGGCAGAGGAGCUGUUUCCUUGGAUAUCGGAGUUCAAAAAGAAAUGCAGAUGUCUCCUGGCGCAGCCAAACAUCAUCGCCCUAACACGUCUGAUGAAAUACUACACCAGAAAUGUGGGCAUUAACGUCAAUGAAUGUUACACGAAACCGUAUCGGGCAGCAAAAUUGAAGGACUCGAUCAGCGAGAUACUGCUUUUCUUUUUAUUCUACUAUCGUGAGCUUCCAGAGGUUUGCGAUCGAAACUCAUACCUGGACAAAAUGUCCGACUUGCUAGCGAUGUACAUGGACAUGGAGCUCAAAGCGUCCAGACGGGGCAGGGAACAUCACAGCAAAAUUGCCGCACGCCUUACGUCAUGCCUUUACGUUUACCUCGAAAAUUCGUCGGAACACAUAUUGGAUACCUUCAUCAAGGCGAAAUUCAUAAACAGAAAUUAUCAGGAAAUCUUGGACGCUGUUCUGACCAAAAUAUCCAAGUCGAUACCUGCGAGCCCCGAUUGCGACACGAUGUAUGUUCGUUGCCUAUUGUUCUACCGGCUUUGGAAGAAGGUCAACAACGAUGUGGCGAUAAAGAACCAAAUAAAUGCAACGGCAGUCUCUCAGCUCGGGCCACCUCCUGCUAGCCCGACACCGUUCUUGGCAAAAUACGUGUUACCCAAGGUUCCCAAGUCGCAGGCCACUUCCACAAAAUUUCUGUUAGCACACAAGUUUGACAUAGAAAAUUCGUGCAGACUGUUCGUGCAAUUUUGCAAAGAAAAUAGAGAAGACGAGAAUCAGGCUGACCUCGACAAACCAUACUUCAUCGCCAACAUAUCUAACACGGACACUCUGGAAUCGUUGGACAGCAGUGGAGUAUGCAGAGGUAUGAUACCGGUCGACAACCUGACGGAUAAUGUCAUAGUACCAGAAGCGGCGAGACCUCAACAAACUUCUGCAAAGACAAACUCGAGCUCUGGAAGUGACCCCGGAAAGUGUGCGAGUGAAAAAUGUGUUCAGGUUCAAAAGAAUCAAAAAAUUCGAGGAGCUGGUGGAGAUUUACCUCUGAAGCCGCUGAAGCCAGUCAGAGUCCUGCCAGGGUCAAAGACGAAGAAGACAGGUGAUAUUCUGUUCAUCGAUCUAACUUCUGACGAGGUCACAGAGAGAGUGAUAAAAAAGAAAAAGCACCGAAAACUCCAUUGGUUGAUCAAGGCUAAAAAGAAACUGAGUGCAAAGACUAGGGGGGCAGCGGAACGGAAAAAUAAAACUCAAACCGAGGUGAAUGGUUCGUCUGGAGAUUUGAGUCUCUCUGACCUUGUCGAUAGCACUUCUGCCGGAGCUAUUUCUACCAGCGUAUCUCAAGAGCCUUUAAUUUGCCUGGGAAGUAGCGUAGUGAGCACCACGGUUACAGAAAUAGUCGCAGCAGCACCAAAAAUGUCGGAGCAAAUCCUGCUCGAUGCGGAUAAUUCUCCACUGGUUGAUCUCGACGAAGAUCCUUCGGGCGUGAUGGAUUCCGACGCAAAGAUUUCUGACCGAUCACCCGAAAGCACUUGUCAUACAACUUCUGGACAGGACAAAAUUGGCUCCGGAAUAAGCGAGGCUCUUGCUGAGUCGUCGAAGGCCCUCAGCCACAUUUGUGAGUCUUACGACAGCGAGAACAGCAAUUUGGAGACGAGUAGGGAUGACAGUGUAGACAGUUCGUCCAAACGGGAUCGAAAAAUGACAAGCGUAUGUGAUAAAACGGAAAACUUAGAUAGCAAAAAUGUGCCCGUCGAGACAUGGCAACAACCGUCUGCGGACACGGAGCGGGAUGGUGAUCUAGAACAAUCUGGAGCGAACAGAACUUCGUCCGAGAGUUCUGACGUCGCCGUGAUCUUCACCCGCCACGCGUCAGACGUGGAGAUUUUUGAUCUAGACGAAAAUUCUGUGGAGAGUAGCGAGAGGCAACUAGAUCGCUCGGGUCUCCCAAAACCAACGGAAGAGAACGUUUGUUCGUCAACCGUAUCCGCAACGUUAGCCGAUGCAGAAGCAGAGUUGCACAAUGACCAAAUUGAGAACAUCGAAGCUUCGUUGCAUCCUUCAAUUACUGAUGUGCCUGGGUUCCCUGACACAUCGACCAGCAAAUGGAAAAAUGUCGAUAAAGAUGUCACCGAAGCAAAACUAAACAGCAAUCUAAGAGAGAUCACUUUGGAUAUCGCCGUGAAAGUGAACUCAACGAAUACUCCAGAGAGGUUAAGCGAUUCUUCGGAGAAAAGAUUUGUUGGAAAAGAUGAUUCGCGAGAAACGGUUGAAACAGGAAGACUCAAUACCCCCAAGGAUGAAAAUACGCAGAGUGUAAUCGACGAGAAGGAAACGAAUAGUGAUAACAAUCGAACCGUUAAAAUCGUGAAGAAACAGAUAGCGAGUGAAACCUUGAUAAAGUUAGAACCACAGAAAGCAUCGCAUGUUCAGAACUACGGCACCCAGAGGAAUGCUGAAGAAAAAUCAGAACAUGAGCUCGCUGACUACAAUAUUGAAGAACGCUGUGAUGAUGAAUCUAGCGAAAGCAAACGAUCUGAUGUUAAAAUAUCGCCAUCGACUCCGUUUGAAAUCAUUGAAGAACAACAAUGUAGUGCUGCAAAGGAGCGAACAGAAGCAUCGAUUGUCGAGAGACAGACAUUGAUACCAAAGAUGAAUGAAAUGUCAAUUUUUACUAAGAGUGACGGGGAUAACAUUCUUAAUAUUCCAAGUGAUAUAAUAACCAAACCUGAGCCUGAGUUCAGUGAAAAUAUCGAUGGCUUAUCACUGCUGGCCAGUGUGUCGCAACAUGUAUCUCAUCUUGAAGAAUAUUCUGAAACAGCACGAUCUAAACCAAAAAUUAUAAACACUGAAGUUCCAAGCGCUAACUCUAGAAUACUAAAUUAUUCCUCCAAAAUUAAUUUUUUGUGUAACGGAACUGAACCUGAAGAAAUGAUCAACUGUAAACCGUGCGAGGUAUUGCUGGAUUUGAAUGUCAGUACUAGCGGUGAAAUCAUUAAUGAACUAAUAGCUCACCAAAUAAAUGAUUACAACAACCCACAUGAGGUUGAUUUACAGUCAAACUAUGACAAAAAGUGCAGUCUGGACAUUGGAGGGAAUGAAACCUUAGAAUGUGUUCCACGGGUUUUAGAAACUAGCACUCCAUAUGCCGAUCUAAUAUCGGUAGACAAUGUUGCCCAAAUUAUUAAGGAUGACAAAAAUGUUAUAGUCAAUGGAGAGACCGUCGUUCUGUUUCAAAAGGCACCAAACAGUAAUUUGUACAUUAUAAACAAAGCUACCGACAACAGUACGGAAGGUUCUGGUGACAACAAGAAAAAAACUUUUCGAAAGAUUGGAAGAAAUUCCACAAAAAUGCGGGACAUUAUAAAUCAUAUACCUAUCAAUCUGUCGGAGAAAACCAUGGAUUGUCAAGAAGGAAGAAAAAUCCAUCGCUCCAAAUCUCGUGCCGAAAAAAAGAAAAUUGAUAUAAGAAAGAUGGCGGCUAGUGAUGUUGCGAUGAAAAAUCUAAAAAAUCAACAACUGUCCAAGCAGAUCAAACCGAUUAAAAAAGAAUUUUUGCAAAAUACUUAUAAACUUGGAUGCGAACGCAUCAAAAAAGAGGACCUAAGCACACAUUACUAUGAAGAUUCUUUUGGGUCGGAGUGUACCGACGACCUAGGAUCUGUAAUGAAGUUGAAACCCGUCAAAAAGUCUGAAUCACCGGUUACUGGACUUAGCGAUACAUCCAACAAUAUUCAAAUGCAGACCGUUGUGCACAUCAAUGAAGAUUCUAUUCCAAUAAAUAUGGCAUCAGCUGGAAGAUCGAACCGGAAAUCGUCGGGUAACAGAAGAGAAGAUAAACUCAAAGGUACGUCGAAUGUGAACCUACUGUCUAAAAAAAAUAUUAAACAAGAAUUUGAAAGCUGCGAGACGUCAUUCUGUUAUGAAAAUCAGAUAAACAGUGAUUCGCAACAGGUAACAAGACAGAAUCUUUCCAAUAUUAAUUCCAAUAACCUCCUAGCGCCCGUAAUUUCAAUUCCGCACGUUUAUAGCACGGUAACGACUGACACAAAUUCUUACAGCCUCGAGCAUGAACAUUGCCAUUACACGACUUGUAGUUUGAAAUUGAGUUCGCCGCAGUCAUUCCAAUCUGUUCCACAGUCCGUUCCAACAUGCCAAUUGUCGCACUGCGCUUGUUUGAAAUGUGCCUACGAGGUUCAUUGCCAACAAUAUGUUCAGCGGUCCACAGCUGCGACUCAUUCCUCCUACCUUCAUACAAACUCGUAUUUCCUCCCUAACGCUUCCUUGACUAAACAAUGUACCGUUCAAGAGCAGGAGUUGAAGCUAAGCGCAGCUGCCUUAGCCAAACUCCACGACGAUCAGCUGCUGCACAACAUCGAGCAGAGUAUUAUAGAUAGUAAAAAAUUGAACCAGAGUAAUGUAAAGAGUGUUCCAGAAAUUAAAUAUAAGCAAGAGUUUGAAAAUAAACUACCUCUCAAGAAGAGAUUAAAAGCCCAUGCAAUGUUGUCCACUAGCUACGAAGACACUCCUGUCAAAAUUGAAAAAGUUGAGAACUAUCCAGGCACACCCAUGAUGUCCAUAGCGGCAUUGGAAGCUAGAGAAGUUCCGGAAACAUCUACGAGUCAGAAUCCUGCGUUGUCUAUUUCAGAACUGUCUCCUCGAGUCAGGGAUGAGGGGUUAUCUCAUCACACGACAGAAAUGAUUCGUCGAGAUUAUUUGAAGGACACGUCGCUGACCUCUUUAGGAAAUUGUGCCGGCGUCGAUGAGAGAGGUAAGAAAGUUGAGGCUCCUCGUUGUCAGCCAAGUUUUCACAAGAAUUUCAAAACGCCGGCACAGAAGAAAGAACUCCCACUAUCUCCCCCUUCCCUCAAAAGAGCAGCGACCACCGUGGCGAACCAUCCAAAGUGUCCCAAAAAAGUGAAGAAAACAAAAAGUGCAACGAGCAUCAGACAAACCAGAAGUUCGAAGCGAAACAUUCCCAAAGUGGAUUACAGCUACGAUGGAAUCACAGAUUCAGAUCCCAAGUGGAAUACAUCAAGCGAACUGAAACGCAAACGCAAAAAGACUGGCCGAUGAUUGAUAAUAUUUGGUCCAAAUUUGGUUGCUUGGAGAAAAUAUUAUCUUAAAUUAUAGUAAAUAAUAAAUUAAGUAACAGGACCGUUGCAUGGGCUGUUAAAUUCUAAACUUAAUAUAUGUAUAGUUGUGUGAGCCGCAGCAGCAAAAAUUUUAAAUCCGAAGAAUAUGGGAAAUUCAAUACGUCUGCAGGAAGAUAUUAAACGUAAAACAAGAAGAAAAUCAUGCACCUCGGAAGAUCGGAGUCAUCACUCGAAGAUUUUUUCACCAAAUAUUUUGGAUUUAGUAUUUCCAAAAACCAAAUUCUUAUCCAAAUCAUCGGGAUGCUCCCUUUUUCAUCGAUCUGCCGAGUAUAUUUUUUAUUGCAUAGAAAAAAAGUUCAUAAAAAAAAAAUAGAUCAAAAUUCGUGCGUCCUAAAUAUGUAAAUAUAUACAUGUACAUAAUAUUUUUCACUUCGAAUGAUAUCGCAUGACGAAGGUAAAUACCAAAUUUCAUUUUCUUUACAAAAAAAAAAAAAAAAAAAAAAGAAAAACUUUCCAAUAGCGAAUCACGUAUCGCAAUUCUGCCGAUUCUAUAUUCAAAUAUCAUAAAAACUAGAUAUCAGCAUUCAGAAUUUGUUUUGACAUUUAUAGUCACUAGUGGAUUUUAUAUUUGAAAAAAAAAAGUACAAUUCAAUCGCUUCUGGCCUUGAUACUACGACGUCUGUAACGAGGUAAGACCACUCUAUCCUGUGAUAUAAUAAGUUAGAAAUGUCCGUUCCAUGAUAACGUUAUUUGUUUUAUUUUUCAAAUUUCAUUGCGAACGAGAAUAGGUUCGCGUUCACAAAAAUAUGAAAAAUAUUUCAAUGAACUUUUCGACGAUUAUUGUUGAAAAAAAAAAAACUCUGCUUAAAAAGCUAAUUGUUAUUACGAAAAUUGUUGAUCAGGUUCUAUCAGGCAAUUCGUAAAAAAAGACAAAAAAUAACUUUAUAUACUUGGUAUACAUGUUCGGUUAAAUGUUUACAAAAAUUUUCAAAUUCUAUUUAUUUCGCUGUGCGUUUGAACAUAGUAUAGUAUCGCUUGAAUCGGCGUUGAAAAGAAAAAGAAAGGAAAUUGAAUUAUAGUGGAAAAAAAUACUAUUUUUCUAAUAGUCGAAAAAUGCAUAAUUAAACGACAUAUCUGGUGCUUCAAAAACUCCCUACAUUAUCUCCGUAGGAAGUUGAGAAAAAAAAAAAAAACUGUGAUUUUGAUAUCUCGUGUAAUAAUUUACACUAGCAAUGGUAUAUGGUGCUAUUUUUUAUACAUACUAUAAGUAUUAUUAUUAUAGUAAAUUGGGUGGUACUUGGAACGACAGCAAGUAUACGAUGAAAGCUUUUCUUUCGAAAAGAAGGUUUUGAAAGAGAAAAAAUAGUUGAAAAAAAAGAGAGAUUCUGUAAAAAGACAGCGUUAUGGAAAUAAAAUUGAAAAAAAGAAAGAAAGAAAAACACGAUUGAGGUAUUCGUAACUGCAGUCAGUUUCCUUUUCACUUUAUUUCACUUCUUCCUAACGGAUAACGUUCAUUGUUCGAUUAAUCCGAAUCAAAAUUGUGUGGAAAAUAUCAAAAAGCACGCAUCUAGAUAGGGUGAACAUUUUUCUUCGUUUUUCUUUUGAAAUAAAUGUCUAGUAAUUCUUUGCAGAUAAUACGUAUGUACUUGAAGAGAUAUUGCAAUUGGGUGUGUUAUUAUACGGUACAAUAAUAUCUGUAAUCUUGUGUUUUUUUGUUUGUUUGUUUUUUAAUUAUUCAAAUUUAACAAUUAACAUUUUCAAAUGAAUUUCAACAGACUUGACCGCGGGGUACUUGGAAUAAUACACCUAACAGCAUUGCUUCUUUGAGCUGCAAUUCGAGGAUCUUCCUUAGCAAGUUUCGUUUAACUGACAACACUCUGUGGAUUCAAAACUGCCUUACGGCGAUGCAAAGAUGUCUUUGAAAAUAUGUAAGGCCAGGGGCUUGACACCAGAGUCACGCUUCGAUAAAGACAUUUGAAGGACAAAAGGGAGCAGCUUAAUACUCAAUGAGCCAGUCGACGGAUAACCAAAAAUUUUGCCGGUGCAAUCCAAGGUCUUUCGACUCUUCCUAGGCACGGAUUGAGGGGUGCACCCCUGUUGACGAUUGAACAUUUUUUAGACAAAAACAAAAUCAAAAGUGAGAAACCAAUGGUACAGAAAUUACUUUGACGGUAUUCGUCGACCACAGCCAACGCACCAACAUUUUUGACCGGCUGCUCUGAUCUGCUUUGGAAAUACCAGCGGAACAAGGGCUGCUGGCUAGCCCGAACAGCCUGUUAUUAUCAGAAGCAACGUGUGACUCGACUUGAAAUUUUUUAGGAAUAGUUUGACACUCCGAAUGCUUAGAAUCCUUGCCUUAUAAUUUUCUCCUCCAUAGCGAUAAGAAAUAGAAAUUAACCCACGACGUCAUCCACAAAUCUUAAUCAAUAUUCAACGUUUUUAACGUAACUAAAAUCCAAGCCUAGCACCAUAAAUUAGUGAGAAAUAUUUGCCUACGAUACAGCAUAUAGUGAUACAAUAAUAAUCGAAGCAGUAUUAUUACUGAUAUACAUAAAAUACCAAUAGACUCGUUCGGAUUAAAUAACAAACUAUAAUCAACACUUAAACUCAUUUAAUCGAAAGAACCUUUGAGACCUAUUACAAUGCGUACGUACAUUAAGAAAACUCAGUUACCACCGAACCACGAAACAGUGUAAAAGCCACGUUUCAAUUAUUUAUUCCAAUUUUUCUUUCUAAUAAGAUAUUUAAAAAAAAUAAAGCAAAAAAAUAAAUGAAUCACGAAGGAAGGAAAUCACUUCGAUCGAAUUCCAUAUUUUAGGACAGAGUAAUACGUCUAGUCCGAGACAACAAUUAGUACAAUCACGUUUCAUUAUCGAUUCACCAGCAAUGAUUAUUAUGAUUAUUAUUAUUAUUAUUAUUAUAUUUAUUGCCAUUAUUAUUAAUGUUAUCGCCGUUGCUAUAUUAGCAAGGAUAUACCAUCGAUAUCGACUGAUUUGAAAAUAGUUGUCACACUAUUUGUUUUAUAGAUUCAACAGUGACAGAAAAUACGUAGGUAAUUUUCAACAUCGGUGUAACUUUAUUUACACUGACAAUAAGUGUUGAUCGAUAUUGAAAAUAUUAAGUAAUAAUAAUUAUAUCAAAUUUAUAAUAACAGUUGGAAUUAUUAAUAUUAAAAACUCGUAUGAAAAAAUUUGUUAAUUUUGACCAAUUUCGUCAAAAUUGGAAGAAAAAAAAAUAAUAAAUAAAAUAAUCUCAGGAGAAUUAGACGUAUGUAAGUAUGUAUGUAUGUCACGAUCAUUCGUAAUUUUUUUAAUUUUUAUUUUUUCUCAUACCAUUUCGAAUCGAUUUUAUUUUUUCAACCAAAAUGCACCUGUAGUUCAUAUUAUUACUAUUAUCAUCAAUUAUAUUUUAGCGUAUUUAUUUAUAAACAAUAAUCAAUUUCUCUUUAGACUGUGAUGCAGCAGCUGUAUAUGCAAUAUUAUUUAUUUGAUACGCAACUAGAUUUAGCGUUGUGUAAAAUCAUUGCGUUAUUUUUACAAAGAAUCAUGUCCAAGCAACCAUUUUACAAGAAUUAUGUUAUAAGUGUUCGUUAACUUGCUCAAUAAUAAGUCUGACCUCGAGAAUAAUUGCAUCCAUUAAUUUUUUAAGUAGAGAGGUUUUUUUCCCCUGCGAUAAAAAAUAAUCCACGCCAAAAAGUCUGACGAUAGACUUAAAGUUUAUUUUAUUUUUGCGUAGACUUUGUAGAUCACUUACUAAAUAUUUAUACAAUUAAUUUAUUACCCUCUAUGUCUCCAUUUUAGAAGGACUUAUUGUUUCUUCAUUUAAGUAUCAUGUCGUCAAACCCGAGUCGGUUAUGACCUUAUAUUUAAAGUUUUGUUGAAAGUAGUCGAUUAAUUCAGAGUGCAUAUCAACUUUGGAAUAUACAAUAUCUAGAUCGCUACUCCUGCCUUUGAAUAAACAUCCGUUUAUACAAAAUGACAUAACUUAGUACUCUCUUAAACAAUAUACUUCUCAUAUGUAGUAAGAAAUACAUACUCGUCGAUAAAACAAAAUAUUCACUCGAAAAAACUUGUACUCUACGAUAUUAUUCAUCCGAACAAUAGAAGUGAGCCCGUCGAAGGGGAGAAUAAAGUAUCCAACUCUUUACAAGUUAGACAUACGUACAUUACCUGUACAUGAGCGUAAUGUACUUACAACUACCAUAUGGCUAAUCACAUACCCGUAGAUCUAGUUCGCAUAUCAAAUACCACAUUGUAAUAGUCGGAUAAGAAUUAAGGUUAUUUCGAAGAGAAGAUCAACCAGAGUAUAAAGUGAAAACUAAAAAUGGGGACAUCUACCUGUAGUCGAAAAACUUUGUGUUUCCUUUCAGUUAGUUUCUAUUUAUCUUCUUUUGAAUUCAUGUUCAUUGAAUAUACGUAAUACAUGGAAAUAAAAAUUAUUGGUAUAUGAGACGAGAAAAUUUUGUAAUUUUUUAUGUCUAGCGUGCCCAAUAAUGUUACAAUAGAGAUAAUUAUUGUAUGUAUAUACCAACGUAGUAUAUAAAUACACGAUACAACAACGCGACAAUGGUAUAAUUAUUUUUAUAUACGAAAGGAAGAGGAAAAAGAAAAAGUAAAAAAAAAAAAGAGAAAAAAAAUCUUAGUUCGUGACUACGUGUAUAGUCUACAUUUUAAGAAUGGUUUAGUCCUGUGCUACGUCCAAUUAAUUGUUGUUUUUUCAAUAAAUAAUCAAAAAAUGUGGUAGUUGCAA